AUGUUUGCUGGCUCACAAUGCUUUCCGACGUUGAUCCUAUACAUCGCCUGCUGCCCUCCUUCGGAUGUCGUACCGCUGCAAGACUUGAUCUUAACCUGCCCAGAGGAAUACUUGGAAUCGCGCGGAGAGGACUGCUGCGGUGCUCCCAAAGACCGCGCAGACUUCAUCCUCCGGGUCCUGACUGCUGUUGGUCCAUCGAAGCUAACAGCUGAACCAGAGGAGCGCUCCUAUGUCAUCGCUGCCCUGGAAAGGGUGCUCGUGGACUUUGAGCACAAGAGCUUGGAGGGCUGGCGAAGGCUAGCAGUCACCACGGCUACCUCUGCCUGCUUGCAGGCUGAUGCUCUCAAGGAUGAGAUGAAGCAAGCAGCUGAUGAGAAUCGCUUGGUAGCGGACGUUGCAGGAGAGCUGUUGCCGCGCGCCCUGGCGACAAGUCGAGUUCUUGCCAAGGCAGCACUGCGAUUGGAGGCUUUCUCGAGCUAUCUUCUUGCCCAAGCAGCUGUCGACUCCGGAAUUACGUUUCCCGAAGUUGAUCAGCAGGAGGUGAGACAUCAGUUUGAUGACCUCUUGAUGGACUACUACAAAAUGGUAGUGAGGGAGCAUGACGAACUCGCCUUCAACAUCAUUCCGUCCUUCCAGGCUUCUUCUGUGAAACGUGUUGUUCCUGUCAAUUCGAUGUCUCCUGUCUACCUGUUGGUGCUGAACCUGGGUCAAACUGCGAAGGUGGGUUUCACUACGCUCUGGAGCAUCCUCAGGUUGAGGUCUGUGCCGUUGCGCAUCUUCGUUCUGGGCGAUGCAGCAGGUCUUGAGAACUGGCGUGCCACUCUGCAUGAUCUUGAGACAUCUGGCAAGAUGCGAAGCCUCAACCUCAUUGAAUUCGAGUACGUGGACUUCACGACGAACAUGAAUUUCCAGCUUUUCAUGAGUCAGUAUCCAUCCGACUGCGACGUGAACAAGAUCGGUGAGGCCUUGUUGGCUCGCUUCAUCUGCCAUGAGCUUCUGCCGUCUCACGUGGACCGCGUCAUAGCCAUGGAUCUGGGUGAUGUCCUCGUGUUGGAUGACAUCGCAGACCUUUGGGCGCAGUUCGACACGUUUGAGAAGCACCAUGUCUUUGCAGCUGCGCAUAUUUCUGCCCUGAGCCAUGUCAACGGAGGUCUGGCCUUGUACGACUUGUCCAGGAUGCGCGCUCGUAACUGGACAUCGCUCGCACUGAGGGCAGCAAGAGAAGGACUUGGAAGGAGCGGUGACUGCAUCCAUGACCAAUCAUUGAUGAACACGUUGCACCUUCACAGUCCGGGUGAGCCAAGCCCCAUGCAAACACUGCCUUGUCGCUGGAUGCUG